UUCCCGUGGAUUUCCAACACCGCUGACCGCUAUAAUAAUUAUUAGAAAUGUUAGACGUGUAAAUAACCUGCUUCCUUUCCUUUUUCCUUCAACUUUGACGGCCUUUCUUAUUUAAGGUACAUAACUCAAAUGACAUACCAUACACAUUCCAUACUAUGAUUACUUCCCUUCAUCUGCGUUUUUUUUCUUCACCUGAACCUGAAUGUGUCAUUUAGAUCUACUUUUCUUUUCACGUUUAGCAGCCUUCUUCCACAAUUUAAAUAUCAAGCGAAAUUACUGGAGACAUGGAAAAUUGAAAAAGAAAAAUGUACAGAUAGAUCUAGAUCAUCCAGAUCUCUAUUAUUAACCUCUGCUCACAGGCAUUAGUCUUCGAUCUUUAUCGGUGCAAGGGAGUAGUUUAUUUCGGAAAUCUGGGUAGUGUAUGAAAAUGUUGUGUAGGAUACCAAGAUGGCGGCAGUGGAGGACUCCCUUAUUCCGGAAACGGGAGCAGUCUUCACCUUUGGAAAAAGUAAAUUUGCAGACAAUUUGCCAAACAAAUUUUGGGUGAAAAAUGACAGAGUCCUUCAAGUUGCAUGUGGAGAUGAACACACAGCCCUCAUUGCAGAAUCUGGCCGAGUGUUUAUGUUUGGUCCCAACGACUGGGGUCAACUCGGGCUGGGCUCAGACAAUAAAGGAGUGAACAAGCCUAGUUGUGUGAAAUUGUUAAAACAUGAAAAAGCCAAGCUUGUUGCCUGUGGGAGGAGUCACACCAUUGUCUCAACAGAAUCUGGUCGCAUUUAUUCAUUUGGUAGUAACUCCGACUCCCAGUUGGGUAUCAAGGAUGUUUCAGACCUGUUCACACCACGAUGCGUCGAAAGUUUGGAUCCAAUGGAGUUCAGGAUGCUGGCAGCUGGCUCCGGAAAUUCAGUGGCUCUCUCUGAGGACGGACGUGUGUUUGUGUGGGGGAGGAAUGAGGACGGAGAGCUGGGCAUGGAGGAGGAGGAGGCUGUGGCAGAGCCUGUGCCUUUGUUGAUGGACAGGCCUGUGGUCUGUGUGGCCUGUGGCUACUAUCAUACAGCGGUCGUCACUGAUGAUGGGAAACUGUUCACAAUGGGAGAAUCGGAGUCCGGCAAGCUGGGUCUCCCAGAGGAUAUCACGACCACCAACGUCCCCCGUGAAGUCACGGGAAUCCCAGAGCCGGUCAAAUGGGUGGCCUGUGGCAGUGCCCACACUGUUGCUCUCACAGAACCAGGCAAUGUGUAUGUUUUUGGAGAUGGAGAGAGUGGUCAGCUAGGUCUAGGUACGGGCAUACUGUUGGCCACAUCCCCAACUCUCCUCUCUCUGCCAUUCAAAGUGUCCAGAGUCUUCUGUGGAGAAUCCUUCACGGCUCUUAUCUCAGAGAAAGGUCAACUCUACACAUUUGGUGAUGGGAGACACGGCAAGCUGGCUCACGGGAGCGACCAGUUCUCAAACCAGUUCAAACCUUUCCAUUGUCAACGAUUUGCACAGUUUCAUGUUGAUAAGGCUGCUUGUGGGGGUUGUCACAUGAUCGUAACGGCACGACCCAAGACACAGAAUGGUGAGGUUGAGAGUGACGGAGAGGUGGACGAAAUGAAGACAGCUGAGCUGAAGCAGGCAUCAGUGACGAUAGCCAAUGGAGAUUCCCCAUCCUUGUCUCGAACCUUAUCUGCCAGAGAGAGGCGGAGAAAUGAAGUACAGCGGUCUAACUCCUCCAUGAACCAGACGCUGCCGGCCCUACAUCGACAGACGGAGCAGUCGAUCCUCUCCGCCACGAUGCCGCCGCUGAAAGCAGCCCCCCACCUACAGCAGAAGCAGAAUGGAGUCGCUCUCCUCAAGCCUCUUGCACCAAAACUUGGCUCCGAUUGGGAUGAAGGACAUGGAUCUGAAAAGGAGGAGGAAGAAGAUGACAGCCACAAGAAAAAGAAAAAGGCCUCGGGUGGUAAAUUCCCCGUAGCGUCUCCCAGACGGCUACUGCCUCACACUUCUCAGGCACCCUUAAGACCCUUGGUUUCUCCUCGCCAUCUUGGGCCCUCGCCCAGAACUUUGCCGGCCCUCCUGCAGGGAAAAAAACUCAAUGAGGAGAGUGGAUCAGAAGGUGAUGAUGAAGAGGAAGAAGACGAUGAGGAGGAAGAAAAGAAGAAAUCAUCCAAGAAGAACAAGAAAGGCGAUGAUGAUGAGAAAAGUGCUGAGGAGAAUGAGGAUAAGGAUGAGGUGCAGGAAGAUAUGGAUCAACUGACCAUGGAACUUCAGAGUAAGCUAGAGGCCGCAGAAGAAGAGGAAGAGGAUAAGACGACAGCCCGUUCUAAGGAAGAGGAGAAAGAAGCGGCAAAAAAAGAGGAGGAGAAAGAAAAGGAAGAAGACUCAUGGAGUGAAGAUGAGAAAGAAGAAAAAGAAGAAACGGCAGUGCUCAAAAAAGGUCCAGUUCCGGUCCCUCGAAAGAAACAAGAAGAUGAGGAGGAAGAAGAUGAGGAAGAGGAAGAAGAAGAGGUGAAUGAAAAGGAAAAAGAAGAUGUCAAAGACAACAAAGCUGAGAGUGAGAAAGAAGACAAAAACGAGAAAAAGGACAAGAAAAAAGACAAGAAGGAUAAAAAGGAUGAUAAAGAAGAGGAA